UUUAAAUAUAUAUUGCUGGUCAACUUUUGACUUUUUAGAACCCUGAAUAACUUUUUUAUAUUUUGAUAAUUUGGACAAGAGAUGGAAUUAAUCUUUCUUUCAUGCAGGCACUUAAAAUGCAGGCACCAUUCAUGUCACUUUUCAACCUCCAGAUUCACAAGUGACAGCCAAUCCUCAGCCCCAGAUUUAAAGUGGAUUUCUUUGCUUCUCUGAUCCAGAGUCUUCUAUAAGAGUGGGUAAUUGCCGAAGGCCUGGAAUAGAUUACAUAUCCAAGAGGAACUUCAGCUGUACCAUUUGAAAAUACACAGUGGAAAAUAAGUGAAAAUAGCUAAGAGGCUGUCUGAAUAUUUGAGCCCUGAUGAUAACCAGAAAAAAUCCAUUGUCUUAUAUGUUGGUUUCCUAUGCUACUGAUUCAGUCUAUCUCAUUGUUGACAUAAGAAACCUUUAAAGAAUAUAGAGUCUCUGUAAAGUGCUAGUUUUGUAUUGCAGUGUUGCUUAAAUUGACUGAAAACAUGCAUUCAGUAGUGAUGUGGCAGUUAUCAAUACACAGAAUUAACCACUCCUUAAGGCAUGUUUCCACCUAACUGAUCCAUUUUGAGCCCUCAGUUGGCCAAACAGCUUCUGCUGGUAGUUCUCUAGAAUUAAGGAGUUUGUGGCACAGGCACAGAGCGCUUUCACUGAAAAGAAGACAUAAAGCAUUUGAAACGUAUUUAAGAAAGAAGGAUGAUUUGCCUCAAAAAACAUACAAGACAAGCACUUGUAUAGCUUUGGCUAAUAUCCUAAAAUUGACCUAUUCAAAAGGAAUUUUUUUCUGCAUGGCAUUGAAAAUGGAGAGUAAUAUAGUUUAAAUGGAUCUCCAGAUAAUCAGGACCCCUAUAGAAGUUACAUGGAAGGUGAGUGUUUCAUUCUGUUUGAAUCAAGUCAUCCGGCUGUCAGAAAUCUCAGAGGUUCAGCCUUGUGGAAGGAUUUAAAGGCAACACUUCAACAAUAAUCGGCUUAGAAAGACUUGCAUAGCUACAUGGUUCAAAAAGACAUAAAAGAAAGCAGUUCAGACUCGCCACAAAGAAAGGCAGUGAGCUGUGUGGUGCAGAGUCAACACCCUGUUCUGAGACUUUGAUUUUGACAAUUACCUAAAGCAGGGAUGCCUGCAGAUUUCAAUGGCUACUGGAAAAUGGUCAGCAAUGACAAUUUUGAGGAGUAUCUGAAAGCACUGGAUGUAAAUGUUGCUGUAAGAAAAAUAGCAAACUUGCUAAAACCUGACAAAGAAGUCCUUCAGAAUGGGGAUCACAUGAUUAUUAAAACGCUCAGCACUUUUAGAAACUACAUCAUGGAAUUUGAUAUAGGAAAGGAGUUUGAGGAGGAUUUAACUGGGGUGGAUGAUCGCAAAUGCAUGACCACAGUAUCUUGGGAUGGUGAUAAGCUUCUUUGUGUACAGAAGGGAGAAAAAGAAGGUCGUGGUUGGACCCAGUGGAUCGAAGGAGAUGAAAUGCACCUGGAAAUAAGAGUGUGUGGAGUCAAGUGUAAGCAGGUCUUCAAGAAGGUACAGUGAGCCUACUGCUGAUACAGAACUGAAGAACAGUAGAAUUUACAGCCUUCGUACCAAAUCUCCAAAUGCCAAUAAUGAACAUCACCAGUAAUGAGCAAACACAGCAAUGAAGAUCACAUUAAAACUGUAUAGUUAGAAUAAAAUAUUUUAACAAAUCAUUUUAAAGAAAUAACUGCAAAUAAGACUAUUUUUAGAGAUUCUAAUUAAAGAUACUAAAAGCUAUAAA